CAUGUAACCAAACACAUAUGUUAUGAUGCACGGAAGCCGUGUCAUUGGCGCCUCUAUCUAUUUAGAAACGACGUCUGCACUCUAUGCUUCGGACACGUCAUCGUCCUCGUAAUUACCGAACCACCAAAAUCUUUCAAAUCUUCUUCUUACCGAACCACCAAGAGUUUUGUUUCCCUGUCUUCAUUUUGAGCUUAGAAGCCUUAGAUAAUUUUUGUGUGACAGAAAAAAAAAAGAAAGCUUAGAUAAUUUGAAGAUGGAUUCGGCAGAGGGCGAGUACAGGUGUUUCGUUGGAGGCUUAGCUUGGGCCACCGACGAGCAAUCUCUUGGAAGAACUUUCAGUGAAUUCGGAGAAGUUCUCGACUCCAAGAUCAUUAUUGAUCGUGAGACAGGGAGGUCUAAAGGGUUCGGGUUCGUGACUUUUAAAGAUGAAGAAUCGAUGAGAACUGCGAUUGAAAGGAUGAACGGUCAAGAACUUGAUGGUCGCAACAUCACUGUCAACGAGGCUCAAGCUCGUAGUAGUCGCGGUGGUAACAGCGGUGGAUAUAACCGAGGAGGUGGUGGUGGUUAUGGAAGUGGUGGGGGUGGUUACGGAGGAAGGCGUGAUCAAGGUGGAUACGGAGGUGGUGGUUAUGGAGGUGGGCGUCGUGAGGGUGGUUAUGGUGGUGGCGGAGACGGAGGUUACGGUGGCCGAGCCGACAGUGGAAACUGGAGAGAAUGAGCCCUGUAUUUGUACUCUGUUUGCUUUUGGCUCUGGUUUUGAUCUUUUGUUUAUUUGGUCUCCAUAUGUAAAAACAAAUACAAUAAAACGUUUGAUGCUUUGUUGGA